AGGGUAGGGCUGCCAGAUCAGUUUGUCACCACCCAGGCUCCCUUGCCUUUGGCUGGGUGCAACUUCCAUUUUAGGUGUUGGAUCUGAGGGGAAAAAGAGAGAGGGAAAGGGAGAGAGAGAACGAGGGCGAGCAAGAGGGAGGGAGAGAGAGCGAGAGAGCGAGAGAGGCCGACAGACACGAAGGGAGAGGAGAAAGGCAGAAAGAUCGUGGAACGAGGAAGAGGAAGAGGCGGCGAACCUCGCUGGAUUCGUCUUUCUCAGCACAUUGGUGAAGCUUUGGGUUUGUUUCUUAAAAGGACUGGCUUUAGAAGUCCACAUUUGAGCUUUCUCCUUCCUGCUUGCUGCUUGCUGAGGUGGCUGGGAUGCUUCCAUGGUUUAUCUGAAUCUAGACUGGGCUAUUCUCUGUGCUAAACCAAUCAAUUACGGGCCUUCUCUUAACAGUGUGAAGUGAGGGGACCUACUCCCUUCUUUCUACUCCCUCUGUGGUCCACCUUACUUUUUAUCCUGCCCUGCGGCGGCUCCUCCCCUUACCUUCAUGGACGACUCAGAGGUGGAGUCGACCGCCAGCAUCUUGGCCUCUGUGAAAGAACAAGAGGCACAAUUUGAGAAGCUGACCCGGGCGCUGGAGGAGGAGCGGCGCCAUGUGUCGGCGCAACUGGAACGCGUCCGGGUCUCACCACAAGAUGCCAACUCACUCAUGGCCAACGGCACCCUCACCCGUCGGCAUCAGAACGGCCGGUUUGUGGGCGAUGCUGACCUUGAGAGACAGAAAUUUUCAGAUUUGAAACUCAACGGACCCCAGGAUCACAACCACCUUCUGUAUAGCACUAUCCCCAGGAUGCAGGAGCCAGGUCAGAUCGUGGAAACCUACACAGAGGAGGACCCUGAAGGAGCCAUGUCUGUUGUUUCUGUGGAGACCUCAGAUGAUGGGACCACUAGGCGCACAGAGACCACAGUCAAGAAAGUUGUGAAGACGAUGACAACGCGGACAGUGCAGCCUGUCCCCAUGGGGCCAGAUGGGCUGCCUGUGGAUGCCUCAGCAGUCUCCAAUAACUAUAUCCAGACCUUGGGCCGUGAUUUCCGCAAGAAUGGCAAUGGGGGCCCUGGUCCCUAUGUGGGGCAGGCGGGCACUGCAACUCUUCCUAGGAACUUCCACUAUCCUCCAGAUGGGUAUGGCCGACACUAUGAAGAUGGUUAUCCAGGUGGCAGUGACAACUAUGGCAGUCUGUCCCGAGUGACCCGAAUUGAGGAGCGGUAUAGGCCCAGCAUGGAGGGCUACCGGGCACCCAGUAGACAAGAUGUCUAUGGGCCCCAGCCCCAGGUUCGAGUAGGUGGGAGCAGUGUAGAUCUGCAUCGUUUUCAUCCAGAGCCUUAUGGGCUAGAGGAUGACCAGCGCAGCAUGGGCUAUGAUGACCUAGAUUACGGCAUGAUGUCUGAUUAUGGUACUGCCCGUCGGACAGGAACACCCUCGGACCCUCGACGACGCCUCAGGAGCUAUGAAGACAUGAUUGGUGAAGAGGUGCCACCUGAUCAGUACUAUUGGGCUCCUUUAGCUCAGCACGAGCGGGGAAGUUUAGCAAGCUUGGAUAGUCUGCGCAAGGGAAUGCCCCCGCCUCCAAACUGGAGACAGCCUGAGCUGCCAGAGGUGAUUGCCAUGCUAGGCUUCCGCUUGGAUGCUGUUAAGUCCAAUGCAGCUGCAUACCUGCAGCACUUAUGCUACCGCAAUGACAAGGUGAAGACUGAUGUGCGGAAGCUCAAGGGCAUCCCGAUAUUGGUAGGAUUGUUAGACCAUCCCAAAAAGGAAGUGCACCUCGGAGCCUGUGGAGCUCUCAAGAAUAUCUCUUUUGGACGUGACCAAGAUAACAAGAUUGCCAUAAAAAACUGUGAUGGUGUUCCUGCCCUGGUCAGAUUGCUCCGAAAGGCUCGUGAUAUGGACCUGACUGAAGUGAUUACUGGAACCCUGUGGAAUCUCUCAUCCCAUGAUUCAAUCAAAAUGGAGAUUGUGGACCAUGCGCUACACGCCUUGACAGAUGAAGUUAUCAUUCCGCAUUCUGGUUGGGAGAGAGAACCUAAUGAAGACUGUAAGCCACGGCAUAUUGAAUGGGAGUCAGUGCUCACCAACACAGCUGGCUGCCUUAGAAAUGUAAGCUCGGAGAGGAGUGAAGCCCGGCGGAAACUUCGGGAGUGUGAUGGCCUAGUUGAUGCCCUCAUUUUCAUUGUUCAGGCAGAAAUUGGGCAGAAGGAUUCAGACAGUAAACUUGUGGAGAAUUGUGUUUGCCUCCUUCGGAACUUAUCAUAUCAAGUUCAUCGUGAAAUCCCACAGGCAGAGCGUUACCAGGAGGCACUUCCUAGUGUGGCUAACAGUACUGGGCCACAUGCUGCCAGUUGCUUUGGGGCCAAGAAGGGCAAAGAUGAGUGGUUCUCUAGAGGGAAAAAGCCUACCGAGGAUCCAGCAAAUGAUACAGUGGAUUUCCCUAAAAGAACUAGUCCUGCUCGGGGCUAUGAACUCUUAUUUCAGCCAGAAGUGGUGCGAAUAUACAUUUCACUCCUUAAGGAGAGCAAGACACCUGCCAUCCUAGAAGCCUCGGCUGGAGCUAUCCAGAACUUGUGUGCUGGGCGCUGGACAUAUGGCAGAUACAUCCGCUCUGCUCUUCGUCAAGAGAAGGCUCUCUCUGCCAUAGCUGACCUCCUGACCAGUGAACACGAGCGAGUAGUGAAAGCUGCCUCUGGGGCACUGAGAAAUCUGGCUGUGGAUGCUCGGAACAAAGAGUUAAUUGGCAAACAUGCUAUUCCUAACUUGGUAAAGAAUCUGCCAGGAGGUCAACAGAACUCCUCCUGGAAUUUCUCUGAAGACACCGUGGUCUCUAUAUUGAACACCAUCAACGAAGUUAUUGCUGAGAACUUGGAAGCCGCCAAAAAGCUUCGAGAGACCCAGGGUAUUGAGAAGCUGGUGUUGAUCAACAAAUCAGGGAAUCGCUCAGAAAAAGAAGUCCGGGCAGCAGCUCUUGUCCUGCAGACAAUCUGGGGCUAUAAGGAGCUUCGGAAGCCACUGGAAAAAGAGGGGUGGAAGAAAUCAGACUUCCAGGUGAAUCUAAACAAUGCAUCUAGAAGCCAGAGCAGCCAUUCAUAUGAUGAUAGCACUCUCCCCCUCAUUGACCGGAACCAAAAAUCAGAUAAGAAACCUGACCGGGAAGAAAUUCCAAUGAGCAAUAUGGGGUCAAACACAAAAUCAUUAGAUAACAACUAUUCCACACUGAAUGAGAGAGGAGACCACAACAGAACACUGGACCGAUCUGGGGAUUUGGGUGAUAUGGAGCCAUUGAAGGGAGCACCCUUGAUGCAGGACGAGGGGCAGGAAUCUUUGGAGGAAGAGUUGGAUGUGUUGGUUUUGGAUGAUGAGGGGAACCAAGUGUCUUACCCCCCCAUGCAGAAGAUUUAGCACCACUCUACCUUCUCCAUAUGGGCUUAUAAUAUAUUACUUUUAUUUUUUGGUGGUGAAAUGGACUGAUGAUUUUUUUCCUUUCUUCGCUGGACUAUUGUGCCAACUGCCAGGCUGACUCCUACCCUUGUAGCCCAAAGUGGCUGCUUUCAUCCGUGAAUUAUCAACAUCUUCCACUGAAGUUUAAUUGUCCUCUCCUCCCAGCCCCUACUUCCAGUUUUCCCCCAAGAAACCUGACUCAGUUAUUUGCAUAUCUUGAACCUGCUGCAGAUUAGCUCUUUUUGCCAGCCUUCCCUGGACCUCUUGGCCUUGUAUAGAGAGAGGGAGGGAGAGUGGAACUCUCUACUGGAAUCAUUGGGAAGAACUGAAAAUUACACGCUGUCUGUUCAGCAUUCAGCAUUCUGACAAACUGAUGACUUUUAAUCAAGACUAUUUUUUCUGGUGUGGGGGAAUUUUUUAUUUUGCUGUGGAUGGGGAAGUGUGAGUCCUUCCCUUAUGCAGUGGCUGUUUUUGAAGCCAUGAAGGCUGGAAACAUUGGCGCAUUCCACCUGGCAAGGGCCUCCAGUAAGUGAAGUACUCCCACCCUCGGAGUAAGAACUCUUCUUCCUCCUGUCCGACCGAGGCAGGGACCGCAAAGGACCUACAGACUCCAUCUCCUCUGUCAGCUGCAGGGCAACCUUGGGGUGCUGUCCUGAUCAAGGCUGUCUCUAACCCUCCUCUCCUACCCUGUGAUAAAACUGCUAACUUGACCUGGCCGUUUGCAAGAUGCUUUGUAAAAAGGAGAAUGCCACGGAGCCGUUGGUUGUUGAGAAGAAACAAAGAUUGUCUGUUGCGAAGAUAAACCUCUAGGAGGAACUAGAAGGAAUGUACAUGAAGUGGUUAGUCUGAAACUGGCAGGAAGCUUCCAGGCUGGCUUUCCCCAGCCUUCCCCACCCAUCUCUCUUCUUCCUUUAUAAGCUUGUCCUCCCUCUCCUCCCCCUCCCUGGAUUUGUUGGCCAACUACAAGACUUGUACAUAACUCCUCCCCCUUUCCCUUCUAAGGUAGGAGCUGCCCUGGCUUUGCCUCUUCUCUGUGCCUUUGGCCUGGGGUGCACCUCCUCCCUCUCUUCCAGGUGCCUUUCUUUGCCUCUGCAGUCUCAUUUCUCAUGAUUUUGCAAGUUAGAUUUUGUUAUUUUCUUACCCACUGUUGGCCCCCAGUAGCUGAAGGAAAGAAGAGAAGUGGUAACCUAGGGAACUUCAAGUCCCCACUGGGGGUUGUUAAAGCCUCUGGUGUAUCACAGCAGGAUGCUGCUCAACAGCUUACAGUUGGGAUGGGUGAAGAUCAAAGUGAGGCUGUUAGGAGGGAGCGCCGUGACUGACUCCUGAGUUGUCCCCAGAUCCCAUCAUCUCUGAAAGGCUACAGGGAAUCAGGCCUUGCCUCCAUUGCACCCUUACUGUUAUAGUGAAUGGUAUAGCUUGGGCUAGAGAAGCAGCUACUAUGUGGGUUCAAUUUUUUAACUCUUUUUCCUUAUUUGCUUUCUUUCCUUAAUCUAAAAGCUCUAUUCAAUGCAACUGGAAUUCUUUAUCCCUCUUGUCCUGUUCCUUAAUAUAUUGAGGCUAUGGGGUAGGAGAAAAGUGCACAGCCCGCCAACCCCUUUUCUUAUGCAUUACAACCCCUCCCCCCCUUAACCUUUUGCUUCCCUCCCAUUUCUUCCGAGUCCCAUUUGCCUUUUCUAGCAAAAAGGAGCUUUUUGCUCUCCGUGACCCUCAGAGUACACUGCACAGGGGAGCCUCCCCCUCCCCCACCCACAUCUGCCUCUGCUUUUGGUUCCCUUGUCCUCUGCUCUUCCUGGUGCUCUUUCUUCUCGGUGGGUGUGGGUGAUAGAAUAGCCAUGGGCUUUGGGGACCUUUAACUGUUUUUGUUUGUUUGUUUGUUUGUUGUUCUUCUUUCAUUUAUAAAAACACUAAACAUUCAAUUUCAGCAAACCAAAAAUCCUACCUUCCCACCGAAUACUACUAAGGGGCAUGUCUUCUGCUCUGUAUCUUUUUUCUUUCUUUCUCUUGUUAAUGCUUUUAAAAACAAAUGAGUUUUUUAUAUAAAUAAAAGUUUUUAAAGUGUG